AUGGCGGCGGGCACAUGUGGAUAACUGGUUUGACACAUUUUUCAAACCAAAUAAAAAUCAGAAAAAAAUUAAGGUGAUUCAAUCAACCUUGAAUUUGAAACAUGAUAAUUGGCAAUUGCAAGUCCCGACGGAUAAACGUAAAUCAUUUAAAUGGAGCCUACCAUCCACAGCAUGGCUUGGUGUGGACAGAUGGCCAGUGUGUCAACCUGUCAAUCAUAUCUGUCAAUCAUGACGAUGUCAUUGCAUCGCCUCCCACCAUCCUUGGCCAGUUUGAUUCUGUCGAGCAUGCAGCUUGGAGUUCGGGUACCACACCUUGUUACCUAAGCAUUCAGCAAGUGACCUGCAUCACAGUAUGGAAGGUUGAUAAGUGCUCACAGAAACUCAAGUUUGACAAGAUCAGUGAAAUAGAAGAACAGGUUAUCCCUCAAAGUUGCCUUUGGCAUCAAUCCAAGCCACUGCUUGUCGUCCUGUGUAGGGACCAGCUCCUGUUAGUUGACCCAGAAAAAGCAUCCACCCAUGCCGUUCAUGUGAACUCUUGCCACCGAGUCACUGCAGGGACAUGGUCUCUGGAUGGAUCACAGGUUAUCGUUGCGAUGGGAUUUGAUCUUUGUGUUUAUGAGUUAAGUGAUGACAUGCAGUUGGUGCAGGCAAGAAAGAUACAGAAUUUCGCUGGACCAAUCAGGACAGUGGUUCCAGUGGCACCUGACCUUGCUGCCAUAGCGCUGGACCUACCUUUAGAGCAACUUGUCAGCCAAUCCCAGGUGGACAUGUUUGAAGCCAUACCAUUGGCAGAGUUGCAUGUACAUGCUGAGGGUUCAAAUGGUGAUACUCAAAUGAUACACUCCAUGGCCAGCGAUACAACUCAGGUCGUAGGUCAGACGAAAAUACUGCAUCGUUUGAAAGAUGGCAAAGAUCAAGCCACUGAAAGUGAAAUUUUGCACAGGAAAGGACCGGUGGAUAUCAACGCUUUGAUCAGAAGGAGAGACAGGAACCAGAUGUCUGGUUCAAACACUGCCCACCAGGCUGCAGAGGGAUUUGUCCAGUCAGACCAUCCUCCGGAGCAAAAGACCAAGCACCACUCUGAGCGUGAACAUGGAAGAAAUGGAAGCACUGUUGCAGUCAGAUUACCAACAGGAGAACCUCAUCCUGGUGAAGUAACUAGAGAUGUAUCACUACUUGAAAGCUCCUCAAGGAAUUGCUUAGAAGAACCUAACUCUGGAAUUCAAAGAAGAGGGGGGCCACAAGAGGUCAUUGAUCUGUCAGGUCUCAGACAUGGACUGAAACAUGGAGUAGAAAGUACAUAUAGAAAACUCCAAUUUAAACGAGCACUACAGAAGCCAACAUCAGAAUCCUCGCAGCUGGUGCUGGCUCGUGUUGGAAACGACGCCCAAGAACCUGCCAAGGACUGCAUCCUGUCUGCAGUAGAGCUGCCUUGUAUUCUCAGUCCAGAUCUUCUGAUAUACCAAGAAUCCAGCCAAGUUCUUGUGGUGGGCAGCAACACCCAAGCAAAAUGCUAUCAAGUUUCUGUACUCAGUGGGAAGAGCUUGGGAAGACUGAGAUUACUUGAUUUGGAUUUCUCAGAGAAUGAGAGAUCCCUGGGACUGUGCACAUUACCAUUCAACAAGGACGUCCUCCUACUUACUGGCGAUUCUCAAGUACACGAUGUCACCUUUCUACCCUCGUCCAGUUUCUCUGAGUAUCAACUGAAGUUAAGAACCCUGAAGCUUCAUUUUCAUGAGCCCCUUGAAGAAGAAAAAUGCUCUGGGCAUGACCUUGAUCUCACAGAUGACCUCCCAACUUUGACUUUACCGAAUGGAAGGUUGCUGACAGGGAAAGAGCAUCCCAACAAACGUGUUCAAGCAAAAUUGAGGAGGUCACAUUUUCACCUGACAGCUGACUUACUUCUACACAAGACAAAUCAGAGCGUGGCUGUGUCCCAGUGUGUGAGAUCAAACAAAUUGAGCCCGUUGAGUCACAUCAUUUGUAAAUGUUGAAAACUUAAUGAUAACAGUUGUGAGUCAUACUGCAGACAGGCUAUUUUCAAACUGACAUGUAUAAUAUGUGUAGUUUUUAUUGACAAGAAAUUAUUUAACUGCCAGUUUAUUUGUGUGUUUAAAAGUCUGUGGAAAUAUUUUCUUUCCUUCAGAUUUUUUGGCUGGUGUUCUUGAAAUGUGAUGUUUGGGAAACAAAAAUACCCCAUUUUGUAUUUAUUGCCAUUUUGAUGAAAAUAAACCCAAGCAUUCUUCAAGUAGUAUUCAAUGACACUGCAGGUCAGAAAUCAUUAAAAAAAAAGUGCCAAGGAAGACUAACAGAAAGGCAGAAAAUCUUGGAAUGUUAUUUUAUAUGUGGGGAGAAAAUCAUGGACCGGGCGGGGACAAACCAACCAAAUCUGUAUACAGGCAUGCAACCUUUCCUCAGACUGACUUCUUGUUUUCACUUCACACCCAUUGUAACAGUAAGUUCCGUUACUUACUCUGAGCUGAUUUUAUCCUUUUUUUUAUUGAGACAUUCCUUGUACACCUUACUGUGACAGUAGCUUAUGCAAAUAGUUCUUUUCUGAAUAUUCAAAAGGCGAAUGCUUCAGGAUAGGAGUAGACAUUCUUUGGUAGGGUGGGGUUCUUUUCGGUUUGACCAGUGGAGCGUGUUUGUGUGUGGGCUUGUGUGGAUUAUAAGGAGUGUAUAGGUACUGUGUGGGUGUCACUCCUCCAUCUUCAGCUCACCGGACACACUGACUUGUGUGUGGCUGCAUCUAGAAGUGACUUAGAGUAUUCAGACUCUGGCAUCUUCCCACUUUUGUGUGGAGAGCAAGCUUUAGCGAGCUAUCAACCGUGUAGCAAACUGCAGCAUUGCCGACUUGCUUGGGCUUUUAGGUCCCAGACCCUGCUGGUGAGCUGGUGACCAUAAUUAAUUGGAGAAACACGCUGCAAACCGUGAGUUAGAACCUUUUGAUAAAUUUAAUUUUUCUCUCUUAUUUAGAGAAGAGACUUCAGCUCUAAGACCUUGCAACUAUUUAACUAUUUAUGGUUUUCGCAUCACUUGUGUGCAUUAUCGAAUCAAAUAUUUAUUUUGUGGGAAAUUAUGACCUAUAUUAAACUCUGCAGUAUCAAUCCUGGGGUUUCAGCGGGAAGGGAACACUCCUGUUCGAAUUGUGGGAUCUCGAUCUAUGCCUUGUCGACACAAACUGAUGUGGGCCCGGCAGAGGGACGUGAGUCAGGCAGUAGUGAGCCUCAAGAGCCAGGCCUAGAACCUCAAACGGAUUCAGCAAUUGCAGUCCUGCAGGACAGUGCUAGACCGGGAACCACAGCCAGGGUGGCGUACCAUCAAGUCAGUCAAGACGAGACCCACGAACCCAGUUGAACUUAUGAAAGCUAAUCAUUUUAAUUGAUCUGUUUGUAAAACGUGCUGUGUAAAACAUACCCAUUAAUAAGUUGAGGUUGUACUUGGAAAACUGAGGAGUUCUAGAGCGUUACAAGAAAGUAAAGUGCCACAGAAGUGUCUUUUCAGUGUACCUUUAGAGGAAAACAAUUACGCACCAAUUUAUUUGAAUUUGUAUUAUUAUUGUGUGUCACAAGAAAGUAAAGUGUCGCCGACAAAUCUACUUUCGCAUGCCUAUGUAUAUCAGCCCAGAUUUGAACGCGGUCGUCGAGAUGGUACUCGACGAAAUACCAAGAAUAUUUCCAUAUACUGUACAUGUACUUGGGACGUAAGUGUUGCAUUACAAAGUAUAAGACUUUAUCAUCUCUUCCUUCAUCUUGGUAACAUUGCUAAGCUGAUCAAUCCGAAUAUCUACUUUAUUUUAAUGCUUUUUUUCAGGUUCAUGUAAGUAAAGUAGACAUGCUGGCCGAUCAGCUACAGAAAAAGACUGGCCAUCAAGACUUCGUACAAUUUAAAGUUGAAACCAAAGGCUUCCUGUCCAUGGGUAUAAAUAAACUUUUUACCACAACUGCAUAUACAGUUUGACAAUAUUAUUAGUGUGCGUGUUCUCACAAAAGAAUUCCAUGUAUCUUGAGAAGAAUGUACUUCUGUACGAAAUACAAGUAGAAUGGAAACAGUGAUCGAUAUCCGUAAUCCAUAACGGGCGUGUGUAUUGAUUAACGUUAGUUCAUAUCUACAUGGACUUGUACAGCCAUUUUUAAGCCAGAUGGUUAGCGCUCCAUCCUUUCACAUCAUCUUUUAUUUAUCUGAAAUCGAGCUUUAAAAGUAUACAUGUCGGUCCGAUUUCCUUUUGAAUGAUAUUUAAAAUGAAGCGUACACAAUGGCUGCUUGUUUGUAUCGGGUAGAUGCCUGUGGAAUGUACGUCAUUCAGAAAAGGUGGGAUACAGUAUCGUUGUGGAAUCUCUUGCUAGGUUAACGGACGAUAGAGCGUUGUUCUUCAUGUACUACGGGCGAUUGUCAAAACAAGGAUUUUGGAAUUUAUUAAAGCCGUUCAUUAUUAGGUCACAGGCUUUCCUUAUUUCUUUCCUGUCUGUUAUCGGUCUUAAAAUCUUAUCAGAAAUUGAAAGCACAGGUUCUAAUGAUGCAGUUCUAAGUAAUGGGUGUUUGGUGAGACCAGUAUCUAUUUCAACACAUCAAAGGCAGCCUUUGGGCACAGAACGACACACAGUUCGCCAUUGUAGUCAUGAGCCACUACAACCGAUGCUACGCUAACCCUUCCUCGGCGGGGGGGUGGGCGACGGGUGCGCAUAACCAAGCCCACAGACCCGGGCGAUGGUGUGCAAAAUAGCACCCCCAACUUUGACCAAGUUAAGCCACAAACAUGAUCAAACUCGCCAAUGUCAGAGACCCACCGAAAAACCUUAGAUAUUCAUUCAUUCACAACCUCAGCACCCCCUGAGAAAAAUAUGUUCCCGCGGGCAUGCGCACAACGUCAAUGGCUUGAAAGGGGAAUGGGUGGUAAUAUUGGUCCCCUGCCCCAAGGUGCGGGGAUACAUCGCCCCUUCCCCCAGGCUCUCGGCCCACGGAACCCGGUACUCACAGAUUUAAAGAAGAUUGCGUGGAAAAGCACAAUGUAAAUGGUUCUAAUGAAUUUAUGUAGGGUAAAAUAUUGACAUCCCUGUAAAUUCAUGAUGCAAAUUAUGUUACAGCACUUAAAAGUGGAACACGAAAUUUAAGGAUUUUCAAUCAGCGUGGCUAAUGUAUGCACGAAGUUAUCGCCGUGUAAGUUGUCAUUGCAACGUUGGCUGUGUUUCAAGAGCAUUGUCAAACCGUCUUCAGUUGGCCUCUCAUCGGUUUAUUGUGUUUGUUCAACUUUUGGUGCACCUGUUUUCAA